GACUGAGCUUUUUUGGCGCAGCCAAUAAAGUCUGCUGGCGCGGAAUCUUUUCAUAUUAACAUUUAUUACAAUUUCUCCGUAAUAAUUGGAUAUUUGGAAGAUUCUACAUUAGUGACAACUUGUAGAGGAUCCGAAUCAAACACAUAAAACCGUACAGCUAAGGUUUAUUGUCUUGAAAAGAAGGAUGAGCAGAGAAGAUGUCACGCUGUUCUCCGUGAUGAUUGCACUUGUGACAGGCUCCAGAGUUUGUGCUGAUGAUGCGCCCCCCCACAUUGUCCACCACCCCUCUGAUUUGGUGGUGAAAUUUGGAAAACCUGCCACAUUCUCCUGUCGGGCAGAUGGCAACCCGAAGCCGACCAUCGAGUGGCUGCACGAUGGCCAGCCACUGGAGAUUACAACGGGAGAUGGCCAACUCCAGCCCAUGUUUUUGUCAGAUGAUAGGCUCUUCUUCCUGAGUGUGGGUGUAGGUAAACGCGGCCAAUCACAUGAGGGCAUCUACACCUGUGUAGCCAGGAACAGCGCGGGAACAGCAGUCAGUCACAAUGCAUCGCUACACAUUGCAACACUGCAAGAUGCGUUCACUGUGCAGCCAAAUGAUGUCGAGGUGGCCGAGGGAGAAGUGGCUGUCUUAAACUGUGGCCCACCUGUCGGUCACCCUGAACCUAACAUAAUUUGGAGGAAAGAUGGCCUGUCAAUCAAUAACACAGAUUUCCACUACACGGAGUUGAAUGGGAAGCUUAUCAUAGAUCCUGCGGCGAAGAACCACUCUGGUGCCUAUGUGUGUGUGGCCAGCAACACUAUGGGAGUGCGAGAGAGCAGGGCAGCACGUCUGUCUGUGCUUGCAAAACCAGUUUUGGUGCUGAAGCCGGAAAACGUGUCGGUGAGAAUGGGGGAGUCUGCCCAGUUCUACUGCCAAGCAAAAGGUGACCCUCCACCUGCUGUGGUCUGGAGCAGAGAGCAGGGGCCACUGCCCAAUGGCAGGUAUCUUGUGAACCCAGACCAGACACUCCAGAUGCAUUAUCUGACGAUGGAAGAUGCUGGCAAGUACACCUGCACCGCAGUCAAUGAUGUAGGUGUGGCCACUGCCACCGCACACUUACUCGUUGAAGCUUCCAGUACAAAACAGAAAGACCUCCACAAAGAAUUGUCUGCCCUGCGUGCUACUCUGGAAAACGUCAGCAUCAUGCACCCAGGGUCUAAUAUGUCGCAAGUAGAGUGGAAGCUCCAGUCCGUCCUCACUCAACCUCAUUACCUUGAUGGCUUUGAGGUUCUCUAUCGUUCCCUGCUACCUGCCAGCUCAAACUGGGUUGCAAAAAAAGCAACAGUGCCGAGCUUUCAAACACAGGUUGGCCCCUUAAAAAGAGGCUACAAGUAUGAGUUUAAGGUUCGUCCAUAUGGCAGCAGCUUGUAUGGACGGGAGAGUAACACCCGUCUCCUCACAGUCCCAGAGACAGUGCCCAGUGCUGCUCCACUGGCUGUUUCAAUAACUGUCAGCCAUAAUCACAAUAACUCCAUCCACCUAAACUGGGAGCCUCCUCCUUUGGAAUCUCUCAAUGGGAUCAUACAGGGUUACCAGGUGUGGUGCGUGGAGUCGGAUGAGCAACUGUACCAAAACUGGACAGUUGAUAGCAGCCGGCACAGUCUUGAUGUUUAUUUCCUGCAACCAGGGAAACGCUACUGGAUUACUAUUGCCGCAGUCAAUGGUGCCGGAGUAGGAAUCCUCAGUGACCCUCAUGGAGUCGUCAUAAACCCACAGAUUGGUUUUACCUCUGAGACAGACAGCCACAGACUGGAUCAGUCUACCUUUUUGGCCUUGCUUCAGGACCCGAUAUUGAUUGGCAGCAUCGGUGCCCUCUUGUGGUUCAUUUUAAUGGUUGCAGCUGUCUGUCUUCUAAAACGCCACAGCAAGAUGUGUCACCUCAUACCAGGACGUGACCGGGCUAAAAGUUUGCAUAGAUUAGCCACUGAAGAUCUCUUCAUAAAUCACAGGAUAACAGUUCCAGACUCUCCUUGGAUUUCUGGGAGUUGGAGACCAGCGUUUAACCAGAAGUACCAAGACUUGUGGGUUCAGGGUCACAAACACUCAGGGAUUAGCAGCACAAGUUUUCCAGUGCCAACCAAGAAGGACCCAGGCUGUUCGAACCCAGAUUUUCCAGUUGUGACUGACAGCUGCAGUGUCUACGGCACCUUUUAUGUUGAUCUGAUGGGAAACGGGCUAAAGACCUUCAACAGUCCCAGACAAUGCCCUAAGAUGCCUCACGGUCUGCCACAACAGCAAGGAUCUGAGACCAUUCAGAUAUUUACUCAGUCUGCCCCCAAGACCUCGCCCCACACUUGUCGGGAUGCAUUACCAUGGAAACAGUCCAUUCGACCUCAGCCCAAGAUGGGUGUGCUCAGGGAAAAGAGCCACAUCAAGCAAGAGUUGCAUGCAGUGAGCAGUGUCCCAAUCGUAGCAACCGGGUACCAGGCUGGUCCACCUAGUGUCUGCAAGCAGAGAUUCAGUCACAUCCCAUCAGGUUCUGGCUGUCCUCGGCUGCUGCAUUACUCUACAUCCCUACAUCUAUUGGACAUGUGGCCACCACCAGGGCUAUUGCACUUGGAGGAAGCUCCAGACACUCACAGUGUGACCUCAGAUGAAGGAUCCAGUCGCUCAACAAAGAUGACAGAGGACUUGGGCUCUCUCCAGUCAGUGUGUGGUACCUCAAGCUACCAUGCACAGCAAGGGGCCACUGCCUCCAACAACAGCUGUCUCUCCUACAGCCACCUGUCUACUGCAUCCCACAUUGCAUCUCUGGAGGAAAAAAAGGACGGCACACUGACGGCACCGGAAGCCACUCAGUAUCUGGAGCUCCAACAUGAACCAGAAGAAUCUAGUGACCUCCAGCCUCUUGCCACCAGCCGAAGCUACAACUCUGAGAUAGUUCCGUCUGCCCAGAUGGACUGUUACACUUCCUAUAAAGUCCCGCCCUUUGGGUUGCACUGUGCCCGCCUUCAGAGCUCACCUUCCUCCUGUUACAGCGAAUGGGACAGCUCCCUGUGGAACACCUGGAGCUCGGUCACAGACGGAAACUUUGCGAGCGCCCGUACCAGCCUCAUCAGCUCAGUGGACAGCUGCUAUACUAAUGACAGCAGUAACUUUAGCCACUUUGUAACGGCGGAGUCUGUUAGUGGAGCCUCUUUGUCAGACUUCUCACCACCCGCCUCCCCUCUCAGCGCCUUGUAUCCGUCAGUUUGUGCCGAGGGCAACUCACUCAGGGAUCUGGAGACUAUUCCUGCAUGGGACUGGAGCAGGAACUGGAUGGAGGAAAUGGAGGCUCAGUACAAUGCUCACUAUCCUGGCAGGAAUACAAAACCUUUCAACGCAGAGGGAACUCUUACAGGUUUGUCAACGCCAAGUUUUCAUACACCAAUUGGAAAUGUUAGAGGUUUCAAAGAAUAGAUCAAAGCCCAAUGAUUCACUGAAAAAUAACUUGCUGAUGUUUUAAACAUGCAGUAUUAACUUUGGAUUCAUGUCUGCUUUUCUGUAAGAGUUUCCUUCGGUUACCAUAAGUCCAAUCACUAUACAGUAUAUGGCGUCUUAGAAAUUACUUCUUUUUUUUUUCUGUAGACUCAUUCGAGAUAUAAAUCUUUCUUGGGCUGCUCUUACCAUCAUCAUUUCUGCUGGCACACAUACUAAUCAUUUCCAAGUAAAUAUAAAUAUGCCACAUAGCUUUCAGUUUUUAAUUACAGUACAGAUCAUUUUCUGUUCACUUUUCUAAUUGUUAUUAUUUUUUAUUCCAAGAGAUAUAUACAGUAUAUUUUUUCUAUUGUAAUAUUUUUGUUGCUAUGAAAAGGUUUGGCCCCUUUCCUGAUUUAUUUAUCAAUGUUUUGCAUGUUUGUUACAUUAAAAUGUUUACAAUCCUCAAGCAGACUUAAAUAUUGGACAAGCUAACUAAGGUAAACACAAAAUGCAGUUAUUUUAAAGUGAUGAUUUUACAAACUGUCCAAACCUACACAGCCCUAUGGAAAAUAUUAAUUGACCUUCUGGAGAAGGUCUACACUGCUUACAAAAUGUUAGGUAUAUUUUUUGAAUAAACGAUAGACUUUCAGGUAGGGAUGGGUAUCUUUCACAUUUGAACCGAUACGGUACGAAUUCCCGGGACCUGGGAACCGAUUUCCAUACCAAUUUUUGUUAGUUUUUCUGUGAUCAUGUUGUAAUUAAUAUAGUAUCAGUAUCAAAGGCCAUGUUUACACUGCAGGUCAAUUUCGAUGUUUUUGCCAAAAAGUGACAUGUAGUUGAUUUUAUAAUGUCAAUGUGCACAGUACAAUUACACAUUUUUCAAAUCUGACCCAUGCCUCUUUCAUAUUUAGAUAUAAAUCUGAUAUGUAUGUGAUGCAAUUGCAGUCUGGCCGAUCGGGUUGCAUAAUACGUCAUCAAAAAGCGACAAAUGUCCUAAUUCUUUGCCAAAAUAGUUGGUCGCAAAAGAAAUGGUGUCAGAAUUGUUAGGAGCUGGUACAUAGCUUAGCGGCAUGACCCCAAGGAUGCAAAGACAGGAGGCAGACGGUGAGUAAAAAUAAUAUUAUUCAACAUAGACAGAAAACUCACCCACAAAGGGGUGGAGAAAAGAACAAAAGAAGGCGAGUGCAAAAGAAAGUGCACGAGUCAUGGAACUUCUUUUGUAAAGGGAACAACGCAUGUACGUGAGGCAAAUACGCAAAGCAGUAGGCAUGGAUGUGUGUUUUCGUUUAAUUGACUAAAUAUGCAAUGGAAUAUGGAAUUAUUUUUCAGUAAAACUAGACAUUCAUUAGAUAAACGCUCGGCAGUAGGCCGGCUUGGACGCUGGGCUUCUGGAUCAUGAUUUGAUGGUCGGUUGGAGGCUGAAUCCUUUAUUAACAUCAUGGUCUGCGAAUCCAGGCCAAAAAAAAGGAGAAAAUACAAUGACCUGGAUAAAUGAGAACAUCCAUCCAGACAGUGAAAAUCCCUGAUGAUUGGUUGGUGUUUGUAUGAUGAAUCACAAUUGGCUAAGGUUAGGGCGAAACAAUACGGACUGGCCAAUCAGAGGAAAGAUAAGGCGGGUCAUCGAAACUAGUAAGCAAAAUCAUAACAGACACGCACUCAUGUCACAUGACGAUGAGGGAGUCAGAGACAGAGGGACGCUUCUAGCUGACUACUCAAGAAAAAAAGAAACAUAUUUGAAAAUGGCGGAGGAAUUCUCUCCCGCAGAUUAGAGUUUUCCUUUAUUGAUGAAGUUGACAUGGAAACCCAGAAUAAUGCGUGUCCUUGGCCAUAUUUAGACAAAUAUAUGCGUUUCAAGAAAACAGGCCAGAUCCGGCCCGCGAAUUAAUUAUCUAUGACCACCGGGAUGAUAUUUGUAUUUGUAUUAGAACCGGCCCCCAGGCCACAGCCGCCUGCUGCUGUUUGGCACGCACCAAUACUCCAUCAGUGUUGGCGCUAGGAAUUUUCAAAAUGGGGUCCCAGGUACCCCAUCAAGUCAUAAAACUGGGGUCCCACGGUAAAUGUUUGGGGUCCCACUACUUUGUAACCGUUUUGAAAACAAAUGAUGAAUGUAUGCAUUAUCCUGUUAUAUCUCACAUUCUAUAUUGUGUUUUGGAAAAAGGUUGUCAUAAACGUUACUUAAUUAAUUAGAAAAAAUAAAACAAAAGAAAACAAAUUUGUAUGCAUAUGUAAAUGUAUUCAGUUAUAAACAUUCAUUCACUUUCUUCGUUUCUUCAUGGAUCUAAACUUUACCUUUAUGCAUGACAAUGUUUUAACCUUCUCUGUUAAUUAAUAUAAUGUAAUAUUGAGCCUACCAAUCAUUCUGUAAUUGUAGACUAUCAACCAGAGUGUGUUGUAAAAGAAUAUAAACUUUUUUUCAAUCUACCAGAAAACAUGUAUUUAGGUAAAAACAUCAAGUUACAUUAAAAAACAUAUUUGACAAAGCAUGUUGUAAUAUACACAUUUUCAUUUUGUUACGUAGUUAGACCGGAUGUGAUGCGUAGCGCUAUAAUUAUGAAGUAUGUGAUUAGUAUAGGAAGAGGUGUCUUGACAUGGUUUGACGUCGCGACAAGAAUAAACAAUAUUAAAUACUUCCUGCCUCGGUCUUUCCUCUUUGCUGAGGUUUUAUUCAAUCUUACGAAAGAAGUUAGUGUAACUUACAACCUACAUUUUAUGUUUUCAAAGCACUACGCUGUAAACCAAACACGGAAGUGAAGCUCCACCUCUCUGCAAGAGGCAAAACACGCCAGCACGCAUGAUGAUGUCGGCUCACGGCGAUCGAAGAUAAAAUAGUAUUUUCUUGUCAGGAAAACCGCUUUCCAUAUUGUGGCUUUGGACGUGGGGUUUCCAUAAUGUACUCUUUUUCUUGUGCAUUUCUGUCACUAUUUUCCCGCUCGUGGCUUAACAGUAUCCAUUCAUCCAUUUUCUACCGUUUGUUCCUCUUGCUUGAGCCUAUCUCAGCUGCAUUCGGGUAACUGAACACAAUUAGGUUUUCCCAUGCCACAGAAAGGGCCGAGGCUCAAAAAAGAGUAAGGACGCCUGCACGUUAAUGGGGCGUUAAAAAAUUAGCGCCGUUAAAUUAACUUAUUGUUUACGCAUUACUACCGCGUUAACUUUGACAGCCCUGAUAAAUAAUGAACUCAUUUUAUGAUUUAGGCCGAAAAUGAGCUUUCCCUCAAUUCAAGAACAGCAGGAUUUAUCGAGCACAACUCGUUAGCAUGCGGCGCUCACGCAUAGCUAGCAAGGGAGAUUGCCUCAACAAAGCCAAAUGGUUUGUGUAAGAUGCUUAAAGUGCAAGUUUAGCAGUUUGUGGCUCCGGUACAAACAAUUUAAUGCAUGAAUAAAGCCGGGGGAUGAAAACAUUUAUAAAGCACGCUCCUGCAGGAUACAUUUAAAACUUGGAAGAUUGGGCAUGAAGGCAUUUUGCUGGUAUGAAUGUGAAAUGGGUCUUAAAUUGUAGCCAUUAUCGUCCUAAAUAGGUUGUUGAAACUUGCAGAGACCCUGAAGUAAAAUCAUCACUUCUAAACUGCAUUUUGUGUUUACUUUUAGGUCUGUUUGAUGAUUGGUGCAUGAUGAACAAAAUACAAAGAAUAAAUCAGGAAAGGGACACACACUUUUUCACAGCACUUAUAUUUUGUCUCCAUGCAAACUGUAGGUUGUAGUGUUUUAAAAAAAAAGGCUGAUUUUAUUGACAUGACUAUAUGUCUAAGUAUUGAUAUUAAUUUGAACUAAUUUAGGAUUAUACUGUAAACUUGUUUUUAUCUGUAUUUGUAUGUAUGCGUUAACAUAUUUUGUAGUUUUGUGCAAACAAAAACGUUCCUAAGAUUUGAUAUUUGAAAUGUGUUCUGCAUUACAAAAUAAAAACAUCGAAGGGG